GAUUGUUUUGAGGGGUGCACACAAGACGGAAAUUACGUAUGUGCAACAUGCUCGAAAACACAACCACAGAAAUUACAGCUGGAAAACAUAGUCUCAAAUAAAAUUCAACUCGGUGUAGGGUACUCUUAGUUGUGGUUUUACAGUGAGUCGGGAUGAAACUUAAGGAACUGGAGAGUUGUCUGCAGCAGGUGGACGUGUUUGAAGAACCAAAAAUCCUUCUGGAGCAGUACCCAACUAGUCCCCACAUAGCAGCAUGUAUGCUUUACACAAUCCACAACACUUUCGAUGACAUCGAGGGCAGACUGGUGGCAGAUCUGGGAUGUGGUUGUGGAGUACUCAGUAUCGGGUCUGCGAUGCUCGAUGCAGGACUCUGCGUCGGCUUUGACAUUGACGAUGAUGCCUUGGACAUUUUUAAAAGAAACGUUGAUGAAUUUGAGAUCUCUAAUGUGGAUUUGGUCCAGUGUGAUCUGUGUUCUCUUGAGCCAGAUGCUUAUGCCCAAAAGUUUGACACAGUCAUCAUGAAUCCACCAUUUGGAACCAAACACAACCAAGGAAUGGACAUGAAAUUCCUAAAGACUGCAUUAACAAUGGCAAAGACCGCAGUCUACUCACUUCAUAAAACAUCAACACGAGAGCACAUACAAAAAAAAGCUACUGACUGGGGAGUAAAGAUGGAAGUCAUAGCAGAACUCAGAUACGACCUGCCGGCAUCUUACAAGUUUCACAAAAAGAAGUCGGUCGACAUCCAAGUGGAUUUCUUAAGAUUCUCAAAAACCUGAAGUUUUAAGUGGAAUGGAUUUUAUAUUGUCUCUGUUUCUGUUUAUAAUAAAUGUUUUCACAAAAAAAAAA